AUGUCACUUCGAGCAUCUCUCCUAUCUCUUCUCGUAUCUUCGUUGGACUUUGCUAGCGCAGAAACUUCAUAUACACACUGGAAGCGCGAUGGCGACGUUGCGGUAAACGACAAAUGGGCGAAUCACGACAAAGUCGUCCCCCUUGCGGAAGCCCCUGGCUAUGAUCUCGAUGGAGAGGUCCAGAUGACCUUCAAGCCCCUAAUCCAAUUAUGGCACGGAUGUGUCCCGUACGCAGCGGUCGACGCUGAUGGUGCUGCUGGUGCUGGUUUGAAGCCAACAGGUAAAGCCGGCGGCGAUUGCCGCGACUUUGGCCAAACUGGUCAGACUUACACGCGAAUCGGAAAAUCCCAUGACCGGACGGGCAUCAUCUACAGCUACUACCUACCCAAAGUGCAGGGUAACGACGAGCAGCAUAAGCAUCACUGGAUCACAGCCGUCGUUUGGCUCACCGUCGAUAAGUGUCCCGACGAUAUUGCAAACUUUUCGCCUCGCGGCGUCGCGUACUCUACGAACCCACAAGGCGCAUUCGAUACCACACACAACACCAACACCCUGUUCGUCAGCUGGGAGAACUCAGCGAUAGCAACACGCCCUAUUCUAGCAUACGAUGCCGGGGUUCCUCUUAUCCCUUCUGCAAAUGGUCCCGAAGGAGCCUUGAGCCCCCCUCUGGUCGCCUGGGAUCGCCUCCCAGCUGCAGCGAAAGAGCAGCUGAAUGGCAUCCGAUAUGAGCACACCAGAGUUCCUUUCAGCGACGCCAACUUCCAAGGGACUCUCGACUCGGCUUACAGCGGUACCUUCUUCACUGGCGUUGGUCCAGAUGGUACGGAUUGUGGCGAUGAUACGCCGUCGCAGGACGAGAUUGAUCCUGAUUUCGGAGACCCAAUUGCAUCCUCCACUGCGACGCCCGAGCCUGAAGCCACUGGUCUUUUAAAAAAGGGUCCAGUCAUGGCAUGA